UCUGGCCACUGUUUUAAGGUCAGAAGGCUUCACCUGCAGCAGCAAAGGGGUCUCCCGGUGUGGGCAUUGCUGCCUCCGCAACAUGGAUGCGCAGCACUGCAAAAUGAAUGGUGACCCUUUCCAGGAAUCUAUGUAUAUUGAAGAGUCCUCAAAUAAAAGCGGUGUGAUUUCUUUGAUUUUCUCCCUGAAAGAAGAAGUUGGGGCAUUGGCUAAAGUUCUGCGCACAUUUGAGGAAAAAGGUAUAAACCUGACCCACAUUGAGUCACGACCUUCCCGUCUCAACAAAGAUGAGUAUGAAUUCUUCAUUAACUUGGAAGGCAACAAUGUCCCAGCAUUGGACAAGAUCAUCAAGUCCUUGAGAAAUGAUAUUGGAGCAACGGUCCAUGAGCUUUCACGAACGAAGAAGAAGGACACUGUGCCAUGGUUUCCAAGAAGUAUCCAGGAGCUGGACAGGUUUGCCAAUCAGAUCCUAAGCUAUGGAGCAGAAUUGGAUGCUGAUCAUCCUGGGUUCAAAGAUCCUGUGUACCGGGCUCGGAGGAAGGAGUUUGCAGAUAUCGCCUACAACUACAGACAUGGCCAACCUAUUCCUCGAGUCACCUACACAGAAGAAGAAAAGAAAACAUGGGGCACUGUCUUCAGGGAGCUGAAAAAUCUCUAUCCGACUCAUGCCUGUUAUGAACACAACCACGUGUUCCCACUGCUGGAGAAGUACUGUGGCUAUCGGGAGGACAACAUUCCCCAGCUUGAAGAUAUUUCCAAAUUCUUGCAGACCUGCACUGGAUUUCGCCUGCGUCCUGUUGCAGGCUUGCUCUCCUCUCGGGACUUCUUGGCUGGGCUGGCAUUCCGAGUAUUUCACUCUACGCAGUAUAUUCGCCAUGCAUCCAAACCCAUGUACACACCAGAGCCUGAUAUUUGCCAUGAGCUGCUAGGACAUGUGCCUCUUUUUGCUGACCCCAGUUUUGCUCAGUUUUCCCAGGAAAUUGGACUGGCAUCUCUGGGAGCUCCAGAUGAUUUCAUCGAGAAACUCGCUACGGUUUAUUGGUUUACAGUGGAGUUUGGACUAUGUAAGGAAGGUGAUUCACUCAAGGCAUAUGGUGCAGGGCUGCUGUCUUCAUUUGGGGAGCUGCAGUAUUGUUUAUCAAAUAAGCCUGAGAUUCAGCCUCUUGUCCUGGAGAAGACUGCAGUGCAGAAGUACCCUGUUACAGAGUUCCAGCCGAUCUACUAUGUUGCUGAAAGUUUUAAAGAUGCAAAAGAGAAGCUAAGGAAAUUUGCUCAAACGAUCCCUCGUCCUUUCUCUGUUCGGUACAAUCCCUACACCCAGAGGAUUGAAGUCCUGGACAAUGCAAAGCAGCUGAAGAACUUAGCCGACACUAUCAAUAGUGAGAUGGGGAUCCUUUGCAAUGCCCUCCAGAAGAUAAAAUGAAGAUUUGCUGUAACUUGUUAGUCACUGGCUACUGACUAGAAGUUGCCAUGUGUAAAAGCCAGUAUUCAUCUAGCCUCACUCUAUUAUCUUCCUGUGUAUUGCAUGAAUGCUUAUGUUAUAUAUCUUAAUUACUCUAGAUUAGCAGAGAAAGAGACACCUGCCGGUGACUCUUGACUCUUUUGGCCUUCAGACACUAAUCCAUUUUUUUCUCACUAAUGCAUAAAAAUGACCUUAGUUCUGGGAAUUUGGGGAAAAUCUCCACAUCUCUUGUACUAAAGCAGAAGGAGAUAUCCACAAUGCAGAGCUAUAGUCUACUGUAGCUGUGAGGCUGUGUUUCCACUCUCGGCGCAGGGACAGGAUGGCAAUGACUUAAUAAGCUAAUCCCCUUUGCUUUCUCCCACAGUCAUUCUUCCCUCAGUCCCUCACAUUUGCACAAGGUUCCCAUGCAGUCCCAAACUCUACACCUUUUGGGGGGUAUAAAUAUACUGCUUGACCCUCUAUUUUUACACACAAGCACUUCUAUCUUGAAUUUUAUUUUUUUUUUCCCUAAAAACAUGAUGUUGCUAUUGAUCCCAAGUACAGAUGCUAGUGGAAAAGACAGCACUUAUGCUGCAGCCUCCUUAACGAAGAUUUAUCACCGUGAUUAAUAUACUGUAUUUGAAUAAGCACCAAUCCCAAAGGGGCUUGUGCAGGUCAGGAAUGCUGUAUGCUGUGAUGUGUCAUUGUUUUGCAGAGCAAAGGCUCUGAGGCUGCCCAUUCAGGGCAUGGAGUCCCUGCCUCAAUACAGUACCCGCAAAAAAGCCCCUUCAGAGGAUAGUUAACUAAAGGCAAGUCUGUGUGCCUUUUUGCAGUUGGAUGUGAAGUCAGUCUGCCAAUACUUUUGCAAGCAAGAAACCACGCAGUUGUUUUUAUUAGUCCAGUCUCAGAGUUCUGCUGGCUGUAAUGUUGCGUAACAUCACGGAUUCAGAGCUGAUUCAGGAGCAGCCAGCUUACAGAAAGGGGAGACCUCUCUUACUAGACACACUCAGCUACUCACUGUGGAAAACUGAUGUGUGAAGGUGACUUUUUCUUGUGUGUGUCCUUCUCUGGAGUGCUUUAUUCAGCACUACUACAAGGUGUCUCCUAAUUUUCUGGACUCCCAAUCCAGAAGGUUGAUACCAACUGUUUGGAAAUGGAGAAGUGGUUCUUAUGAUGCAGCUGAAGACAUCAGAGCCUUCCAACUCCUAGCUCACUCUAUCUGUGGCUAGAUUCCCCACCAAAGCUGGGUUAGCUGGGUCCCAUUCUGAGUGCAUUCAAACCCAAACACGGUAUCUUUAAAGACAGCUCCUAAGUCAUCAUAAUUUUUGGAGUCUCCUUCCUCUCCCACUUGAGCUUUAAUCUCUCUCUUUUGGUUAUAGCAGUUAUUUUUCCUGGAGUGUAGCUCAACUGAGGAAGCAAAUGGAAGCAAGGGUGAUUCCAGCUUAACCCAAUGGCUGAGCCAUGGAGAGAGGAAACCUUUGCCAUUCAGAAAUCUAUUUCUGUAUUUAUCCAAUAACUUUCACUCAAAGCAGCUAAAUCACCUCUUGUACUGGUCCACAUCAUAUAUUGCCUCCUUGUAGCUCCCUAGUUGAAGGAAGAAGGAGAUCAGCACUUAUACAUCAGAACUGAGUGGAGCAAAGCAAAACAGAAUAGUAUUCCCAGUUUGAAUCAAUUCUGCAUCAUAAUACUAAUAUGAUUCAGGAGUCACAUUUCUGUUAGAAGAUCCAAAGAUAGAGAAGUAUUUGAAAGUCCACAGAUCUCACACCUACUAUUGUACUACUCUUGUAUUUAUAGUUUGAAAAUCAAUGGCGUUUUAAUGUAAGCAUCAUCCUUUAGGAAGAUGGGAAGUACAGCUGUUUCCAUUAUAUUUAUGGUGGGUAAUAACAUUAAUCUAAGGAUACCAGCUGGAAACCUUUUCAAUAGACAUAUACUUAUGCAAAAUGGUAUCAUUUUGGUGCUUUGAAGUAGAGCUUUUUAAUCUCUGUAUCUUUUUUCUUCCUUUUUUCUCAUGACAAUAUCUGUGUAGACCUUUCAGUCCUGCUUGGCAUGUAUUUUCAGUGUGAAGUAGCUCAUCUUUUUCUCUCUUAAUAUAAUAGGACCCAGAAGGUAACUGUGUACCACAAAGAGACAAUUUCAUCCCAAGGGUGAAGUCUUUCAAACUAAUCCUCAGAUAGCUCUCCAAGCUCCUCUGCUUCUGGCUGUUGUUAUGACUGACAGCAGCAGUAAAUCUAUAACAAUAUUGAGAACCCAGGAUUCAUGGUUGUCUUUUAUGUGCAAGUGGAAUGGCUAAAGAGUACUGAUGCCGCAAGUCUGAUUCUGUGUCCCUUAAUGCAGGUUUAAAUGAGAAAUAACUCCAGCCAAAAGAGCAUAACAUAGCUGUUCAGCAAGACUGAGAGAUGAGAAAAAAGUUCAAUGCUCAGUAUUUUAAAAGCAGAGGAAAUAUAUUGAAAGUAGAUUUUCUUGCAGAAUAAAUUAGUUUGUGCAUAUGUGCUUUAAAUAGUACAAAUAAGUUGCAUUUUACAUAGUACUUCUUAAUGGCUGACUUCUUAUUUCCAUGCUAAAGAAAAUUAAAGGCAUGUAGCAGAAUGCUUUUUGCAUUAUCUGGCCAGUGUAACUCCUCUUUGUAAGGUAACUACACAGAUUGAUCAGAAUUAAGUAGCCAGGUAGGAAGAAAUGACCAUUUGAAGUGGGUUCUAACUCAAAAAAGGUUGUCUUGGACUGGUUAAGUAUCAAUCAUCCAGACAAGAUAAUGGAGCUUUAAAGUGAAACUGAUAUUUAAAAAAGAUUAAAUCUCUUGAUGUGUGCAAUUACCUCAAAGUGUACAGCAAAGCCUUGAUUGCUUUACCUUUGCACACUCUACAUCUUUGUAUGCAACUCUGACCUAUCCCAAGCUACCUUUUUAAGAAACCUGCCUUUCUUCUAUCCCACUAUGAUCACAUUUUUGAUGUCUUCAUCUCCAGCUCUGUUUCAGGGGAGCAAAGAAAUCCUUUCAUGAGGUCCUUUUCCUUUACAGUGACCUUGGUCAAGGUCAGUGAUGGUGAUGGAGGGAGGAGUUGUCCGCACGGGUUACGCAGAGAGGUGAUCUCUUUUGGGUGUCUUAAGAUGCCUAGAUAUGACAGUAGCCUUGGAGUAGGGAUGCUUUAUUCCCCAAAGGAUGCAGAAAAUUUUGGAAGAGGGAUUAAACACAAGAGGACUCCACAGGAGAGCAUUCUUUUAAAGCCUGUCUCUUUGUUGCUUCAAACCAUGCUGGCAGUUGGUAGAAAAGACUUUUAAUGUUCAAAUGUAACCAUUUAAAUUAACCUAAAUAAACAGAACUAUUAAUGCUGCA